CUCAGAGCAGCUUCUUGGUGACAAAGAUGGUGGAUGUGUGUGAUAACAGUGGAGAUGUGAAGUACGCAGCUUCGCUUUUCAAGCAAGUGAUCGAACCAAACGUGUUUCUGUUUAAUGCAUUGAUCAGAGCUUAUGCACAUAACAAUUUCUAUACCUUGGCCGUCGCUGUUUACAAAAAAAUGCUAAGACACGAACCGGCUGAGAAUCCUUUAUUGCCUGACAGAUUCACAUUCCCUUUUGUGAUAAAAUCGUGUGCAGGGCUCACGCAUCAUUCUUUGGGUAAACAAAUACAUGCCCAUGUCUGCAAGUUGGGGCCAAAGUCUCAUUCCAUGACAGAGAAUGCACUGAUAGAUAUGUACACGAAGUGUGAUAAUUUAACAGAUGCAUAUAAGGUGUUUGAGGAAAUGACUGAUAGAGAUGUCAUUUCUUGGAACAGCCUCAUUUCUGGGCAUGUUAGAUUGGGUCAGAUGAGUAAAGCUAGAGCUAUGUUCGAUGAAAUGCCUAAUAAGAGUAUCGUUUCCUGGACCUUGAUGAUUUCAGGGUACACGCAAACUGGGUGUUUUGCUGAUGCAUUGGUUGUUUUCCGGCAGAUGCAAAUGGUAGGGAUUGAGCCUGAUGAGAUCAGUAUUAUAUCUGUUUUGCCAGCGUGUGCGCAACUAGGAGCUCUUGAGCUAGGAAAAUGGAUUCAUAUGUAUUGUGACAGAAGGGGGUUAUCACUAAAAUCUUGUAUUUGUAACGCUCUUAUUGAAAUGUAUGCAAAAUCUGGCUGCAUAGAGGAAGCUCGCCAGUUAUUUGAGCAUCUAACACAAAGAGAUGUAAUUUCAUGGAGUACAAUGAUAGGAGGUUUGGCAAAUCAUGGGAAGGCUAAGGAAGCAAUCCAAAUGUUUCAAGAUAUGCAGAGAGCAAAGGUUGAUCCAAAUGGUAUCACCUUUCUUGGGGUUUUAUCAGCUUGUGCUCAUGCUGGUUUUUGGAGAGAAGGACUCAUGUACUUUGAUUCUAUGAGAAAUGAUUAUAACAUACGGCCAGAGAUUGAACAUUAUGGUUGCUUAAUUGAUCUACUUGGACGCUCAGGACGCCUUAACCAGACUCUUGAUGUAAUCAGGAAGAUGCCAAUGAAGCCAGAUUCAAAGAUAUGGGGUUCUUUAUUAAGCUCUUGCAGGACUCAUCACAAUCUGGAGAUUGCUGUUACUGCAAUGGAGCACCUUCUGGAACUUGAACCGGAUGAUACGGGGAACUAUGUGCUGCUUUCAAAUAUCUAUGCAGAUCUUGGGAAGUGGGAUGAUGUAUCUAUGAUGAGAAAACUUAUUCGAAGUAAGAGCAUGAAGAAAAUCCCUGGAUGCAGUUUGAUUGAGAUCAACAAUAUCGUUCAGGAAUUUGUAUCGGGAGAUGAUUCCAAACCAUUUUCAAAAGAUAUCUUUCAUAUGCUAGAAAUGUUUGCUAUGCAUCAGAAUGAAUAUGACGAUAUAGAGGAUGGAAGUAAGCAACUACAACGUUAAGAGCACUACGCUAAAGUCGGUAUUGCUCUUCCUCAAAGAGUUAACAGAUUAACAUCAACUAUGUUUCUUUAGAUAACAUCUUGAAUUCAGUUUAUUCAUUUAUUUUUUUAAGAUACUGACUCUCAAGUAAAUUAUGCUCCUAAUG